AUGAAAAACAACAUCGAAAUAUAUGAGACAAUUUAUGCUGCGAGUAUUAUUUCUUCUGGUAUACAGCCUCUUAUGCAUUGGGUUGUACAGAGGUAUAUAGAGGAAAAGACAAAUACUGAGGAGAAGAUUGCUUGGGUUAAUAACAUUAUAAGAAAAGGAUAUACAGCUCUGGAGGAACUGUUGGUGACUUACGCUGGAAAAUAUGCGACUGGUGAUGAAGUUUACUUGGCUGAUCUUUUUCUAGCAACCCAAAUCCAUGCAGCAGUGAUCAAAUUCCAAAUUGAUGUGGAACCGUAUCCAACUCUUGCAAAGUGUUACGAGUCAUACAAGAAUCUGCCUGUGUUUGAAGAUGCACUCCCAGCGAAACAGCUAGAUGCUCCACCUCCAUCCAACUAG